GCAACCCAGCCCCUGAUUUGUUGCUCGCUGAAGUUUGUAGAUUGUAAGAAGAAAUCCGAUUGGUCGACACUGGCAAACGUUCAGUGCGGCGUGUUGCCUAUAGCGCAGAUGUUUCACCGUAAACAUAAACAUCGCCAUCUGCGCUAUUUAAUUACUUCUGCUCGAGAUACGUUGCUGUGUUGUAGUGUGCAUGCAGGUUUCAUUGAGUAGUGUGGUUUCCCUGCAUAGACUGCAUUGUUAACUCGGAUAUCUCUGCUCCAAAAGCAUCCUGACACGCUUCACCCAAUGGAGCUGGAGGGCCAGUGGUGGAAAGGCCAACUCGCCGGAGAUAUUUACCAUGCUCUACGUUACAAGGAGCUGAGAUUGCCUGUUUACAAAGGUCAGUCUCCACAACUGAACCUUAGGCGCUACUUUGCAGACCUCAUAGCCAUUGUGAGCAACCGCUUCCGGCUGUGUCCUUCAGCUAGACACCUGGCUGUGUAUCUGCUGGACAUCUUUAUGGACCGCUACGACAUCUCUGUGCAGCAGCUCCACAUGGUGGCUCUUUCUUGCCUUCUUUUGGCUAGUAAAUUUGAGGAGAGAGAGGACAGAGUGCCAAAGCUUGAAACCCUCAACAGUCUUGCUUGUAUGAGCUCCAUGAACCUGGUAUUGACCAAACAAGGCCUAUUGCACAUGGAGUUGCUGCUCUUGGAGUCCUUCCACUGGAACCUCUACUUACCCACAGCUGCCCACUUUAUAGAAUAUUACCUGUCAAUUGCUGUCAGUGAAACGGAUCUACAUGAUGGCUGGCCAAUGGCAUGCUUAGAGAAGACAAUGCUGUAUAUGAACAAAUAUGCAGAUUAUUUUCUGGAAGUCUCUUUGCAAGACCAUGCAUUUCUACAGUUUGCACCAUCGUUGAUUGCUGCUGCUUGUGUGGCUUCAUCUCGGGUAAUCCUUCGUUUGGCUCCGACAUGGCCGCCUCGUCUGCAGCGCCUAGCCGCCUACACCUGGGAGCAGCUACUGCCCUGUGUGGAGAGACUGCUUCUUGCCCAUGAUAGUGAUGUGAAGGAAGCCAACAAACAGAAGUGCCAGCUACAGCAGCUCGGUCCACAGCCUGGCCAGGCCAUGUACCCAACGCAAAGCCAGAGUGCCACAGUUGCUCAGUACAUCCACAGACCAGCCUUGCAAUACACCCAGCAGAGCUGCCAACCUGUGCUGGUCUCAGCCCAUGCAUCAAGUGCCUACCUCUGCCACAGUGGCCCUCUGCAGGCAUCAAGUGGCCCAUCACAUGGGCAAGCACAACCACAGACAAUGUCUGUACCACUGGAGUCUAAGAUGAAGGUGCCAAACAGGUCCUACCAAGUGAACUCCGUCUACUCAUGUGCAGCCCCCUGUUUCAACAGGUGAUGGCAGCUGGACACCAGCUACAAACUAAAGAACUUUAACAUGGUUAUAAAGCAAACUCUACAAAUAAUGGGCAACUUUUGCAUGUCAAGCUGGAUAAUUCGAGCUCCUCAAUCCUGUUUCAGUAGUUAAAAAAAGUCAUGAAAGUAAUGGACAUUGUGUAAAAUACUGUAAAAACUGGACUAUGAGGUGCAAAGUGAGCAAGAUGUGCAAUCCUGUGAGGUUUGCUUUUUUUCAUUCGAUUUCCUUCUAUAUGAAGUUUUUCAUUUGGUGUUUUUGUUUUGUUUCUGCCUGAGAACAGUAUUUUUUUAAUAUUCUUGCUACUUGAAUAGGAAACGGUGUGAUUUUUAUCAGCACCAGCACAAGCUUAUGCCAGUGAUAGCCAGGUUACCUCAGAAUUGUUGAAUGUAGGCUGUUACCCUGUGAUGUUACAUAUGCACUUUGGUACAAAACAUUUUUUAAAUAAAUGAAAAAGUAUGUUGUACCAUAGAGGUGCAACAUAUUUUCUGUUGCA